AUGAUAUCAAAAGCUAUACACUGUCUCACUCCAGGGCCAAUGAUAUAUAAAUCUAUACACUGUCUCAGCCAGGGUCACGAUAUCAAAAUCUAUACACUGUUUAAGUACAGGGCCAAUGAUAUCAAAAUCUAUACACUGUCUCAGUACAGGGCCAAUGAUAUCAAAAUAUAUGCACUGUCUCAGUCCAGGGCCAAUGAUAUCAAAAUCUAUACACUGUCUCAGUCCAGGGCCAAUGAUAUCAAAAUCUAUGCACUGGCCAAUGAUAUCAAAAUCUAUGCACUGUCUCAGUCCAGGACCAAUGAUAUCAAAAUCUAUGCACUGUCUCAAUCCAGGGCCAAUGAUAUCAAAAUCUAUGCACUGUCUCAGUCCAGGACCAAUGAUAUCAAAAUCUAUGCACUGUCUCAGUCCAGGACCAAUGAUAUCAAAAUCUAUGCACUGUCUCAGUCCAGGACCAAUGAUAUCAAAAUCUAUGCACUGUCUCAGUCCAGGGCCAAUGAUAUCAAAAUCUAUGCACUGUCUCAGUCCAGGAUCAAUGAUAUCAAAAUCUAUGCACUGUCUCAGUCCAGGGCCAAUGAUAUCAAAAUCUAUGCACUGUCUCAGUCCAGGACCAAUGAUAUCAAAAUCUAUGCACUGUCUCAGUCCAGGACCAAUGAUAUCAAAAUCUAUGCACUGUCUCAGUCCAGGGCCAAUGAUAUCAAAAUCUAUACACUUCCAGGACCAAUGAUAUCAAAAUCUAUACACUGUCUCACUCCUGGGCCAAUGAUAUAUAAAUCUAUACACUGUCUCAGUCCAGGGUCACGAUAUCAAAAUCUAUACACUGGUCACGAUAUCAAAAUCUAUACACUGUCUCAGUCCAGGACCAAUGAUAUCAAAAUCUAUACACUGUCUCAGUCCAGGGCCAAUGAUAUCAAAAUCUAUGUACUGUCUCAGUCCAGGACCAAUGAUAUCAAAAUCUAUGUACUGUCUCAGUCCAGGGCCAAUGAUAUCAAAAUCUAUGCACUGGCCAAUGAUAUCAAAAUCUAUGCACUGUCUCAGUCCAGGACCAAUGAUAUCAAAAUCUAUGCACUGUCUCAAUCCAGGGCCAAUGAUAUCAAAAUCUAUGCACUGUCUCAGUCCAGGACCAAUGAUAUCAAAAUCUAUGCACUGUCUCAGUCCAGGACCAAUGAUAUCAAAAUCUAUGCACUGUCUCAGUCCAGGACCAAUGAUAUCAAAAUCUAUGCACCAUCUCAGUCCAGGGCCAAUGAUAUCAAAAAUCUAUGCACUUCCAGGACCAAUGAUAUCAAAAUCUAUGCACUGUCUCAGUCCAGGACCAAUGAUAUCAAAAUCUAUGCACUGUCUCAGUCCAGGGCCAAUGAUAUCAAAAUCUAUACACUGGCCAAUGAUAUCAAAAUCUAUACACUGUCUCAGUACAGGGCCAAUGAUAUCAAAAUAUAUGCACAGUCUCAGUCCAGGGCCAAUGAUAUCAAAAUCUAUACACUGUCUCAGUCCAGGGUCACGAUAUCAAAAUCUAUACACUGUCUCAGUCCAGGGCCAAUGAUAUCAAAAUCUAUGUACUGUCUCAGUCCAGGACCAAUGAUAUCAAAAUCUAUGCACUGUCUCAGUCCAGGGUCAGGAUAUCAAAAUCUAUACACUGUCUCAGUCCAGGGUCAGGAUAUCAAAAUCUAUACACUGUCUCAGUCCAGGGUCACGAUAUCAAAAUCUAUGCACUGUCUCAGUACAGGGUCACGAUAUCAAAAUCUAUACACUUCCAGGGCCAAUGAUAUCAAAAUAUAUGCACUGUCUCAGUCCAGGGCCAAUGAUAUCAAAAUCUAUACACUGUCUCAGUCCAGGACCAAUGAUAUCAAAAUCUAUACACUGUCUCAGUCCAGGGCCAAUGAUAUCAAAAUCUAUGUACUGUCUCAGUCCAGGACCAAUGAUAUCAAAAUCUAUGUACUGUCUCAGUCCAGGGCCAAUGAUAUCAAAAUCUAUGCACUGACCAAUGAUAUCAAAAUCUAUGCACUGUCUCAGUCCAGGACCAAUGAUAUCAAAAUUCAUGCACUGUCUCAGUCCAGGGCCAAUGAUAUCAAAAAAAUCUAUGCACUGUCUCAGUCCAGGAUCAAUGAUAUCAAAAUCUAUGCACUGUCUCAGUCCAGGGCCAAUGAUAUCAAAAUCUAUGCACUGUCUCAGUCCAGGACCAAUGAUAUCAAAAUCUAUGCACUGUCUCAGUCCAGGACCAAUGAUAUCAAAAUCUAUGCACUGUCUCAGUCCAGGGCCAAUGAUAUCAAAAUCUAUACACUGUCUCAGUCCAGGGCCAUGAUAUGA